AUGGUAGAGAGAGUCAAGGGGGUGGCGCCCAUAAGGCCUGAGUUCGUCCUCGCAAAGGAAAAGGUCGAACCGGCUGCAGAUGACGAUGCGGCCGAGUCCAAGUCGAACCCGGCGGCAUGGGGGGUCAAAAGGGAGAACGAGGCGAGAGAGGGGGGCGAUGCAAAGAAGCUCAAGGGUGACAACAACGCACGCCGUGGGGGCAAGCGAGACGACAGGAAAGAGAGAGGACAGAACAAGGGGAGAAAAUUUGGGAGGAUCCAGGACAGCAUCAAUCUGUGCAAGGCUGUGGCGAGGGGCGGCGAGGGCAAGUGCGAUCGGCCUGCUGGUACAUGCACCUUCUCACACUCGCUCCAAGCGUACCUCGAUGAGAAGCCAGAGGACCUCUACUUUGCACCACCGCCGAGCGAUGGCCCCCACGGCAGCCUACGUGAGGUCGCAGAAGACCCAAAGAGGGAAGCCUACCUCGAGGAAAACUACUCGACAGCGGAACCCUUCGUCAAGUGGCCGCGGGGGGAGACAAUCUGCCCAGUGCACCUCUCUGCCAAGCAGGCGUCGUCGAGCAGCAGCGGAAGCUGUCCGAGGGGCUGGACGUGUCGAUACGUUGCUGCGCACUCAAAGAGGUCAGAGGAUGGCCGGCUCGAGCUCAUCGAAGGAUCGUCGAGCAGCGGCCAAGACCAGGACGAGAGAAAUGCGCCGGGUGAGGUCAAUUGGCCCGCCUCGGGUCUGGCAAAGGCCCUGCGGACAAAGACCUAUCAACUCCCUCGGACCAAAGCCGUCCUUUCCCUCCUACAAAGGCAUAAAGAAAACCUGGCAGAUGGACCCAUCGAAUUGGAGAACCAGGGCAGCCGUGCCCGGAUCGAGGACGCCGCCUACACGUGGUCGAAAGACGAUGGGGCCAGAAUCAGACCGUCGGAGAAGAGGAAGCUCGACUGGUUCCACGACGAGCUGUACCUCGCGCCCUUGACAACGACGGGCAACCUUCCCUUUCGGAGGCUCUGUGCGUCACUAGGCUCCGAUAUCCACUGCGGCGAGAUGGGCCUGGCCGAGAGCUACCUCCAGGCAAACAAGAACGAAUGGAGCUUAGUGCGUCGGUGGGAGGGCGAGCGGUGCUUUGGCACGCAGCUCUGCGGCAACAAGCCCGACAUUCUCGUCCCCGUUGCAGAGGUGCUCGCGCGUGAAUUUGGCUCCACGCUCGACUUCAUCGACGUCAACUGUGGCUGUCCCAUCGACCUCGUCUAUAAUCGUGGUGGCGGCUCUGCGCUCCUCGACCAUGCCGGCAAGCUGGGCAAGAUCCUCCGGGGCAUGGCCGCCGUGACAGGCGAGGUGCCCAUCACGGCGAAGCUGCGCACGGGCACGGCGUCCAACAACCCCACCACCCACAAGCUUUAUCCUCGCCUCCAGGUCGAGUGGGGCGUGGGUGCCGCGACACUCCACGGACGCAGCCGGCAGCAGCGGUACAAGAACGAGGCCGACUGGUCCUACAUCAAGCGCUGUGCUGACUCGCUGCGCGAGAGCGUCGUGCGCAACAACGAAGAAGGCGAGGGCGAGUAUAUGCAUCCCGUUCCCAUCUACGGCAACGGCGACGUGUAUUCGUGGCAGGACUACGUUGCCAACAAGGAGCUCGCCGGUGUCGAUGGGCAGAUGAUUGCCAGGGGCGCGCUGAUCAAGCCCUGGGUCUUUACCGAGAUCAAGGAACAUCGCGACUGGGACAUUUCCAGUCGAGAGCGCCUCGACCUUAUUCGCCAAUUUGCCCACUAUGGCCUGACGCACUGGGGAAGCGACUCGCAGGGUGUCAACCAGACGCGCCGCUUUCUUUGCGAGUACCUCUCCUUUACCCACCGAUACGUCCCCACGGGGCUCCUCGAGCACCUUCCCUCGCGCCUCAAUGACCGGCCACCGCCGUAUAAGGGCAGGGAUGACCUCGAGACGUUGCUGGCCUCGGGCAAGUCGUCAGACUGGAUCAGCAUUUCGGAAAUGUUCUUGGGCAAGGCCCCCGACCAGUGGUCCUUCCUCCCCAAGCACAAGUCCAGCUCGUACGCAGACGGUGAUCAGGAGCAGCAAGGAUGA